AAAUUGUCAGCGGGUCACUCUCAGUCUAUCAAUGCCAAAUCCUCACUUUGCACCAGUCCUGCUUGAGAUAUUGACAGCUGGCUGCCUGCGCCCUUCGGAAAUCAGUCGUUGCGGUCGAGUGCUCUUUUAAAUAUUAAUGAGCCAGACCUCCCAAAACUUUUUACUGAAGGCGCACGAUGCGGAUUAAUGUGGAAAAACUUCCUUGACCGGUUAGUAGAAAAAAAAAAAAAUCGUGAGAACACAUUGAGGAAUCGAGAGUAUGGAUUACAAGUGAAGUCAGCGUUGGUUGCUUCGUAUCUCAAGGGAAGACAUUUGAGAAGCGGCGACAUGAAGAUCCGCUCAGAGUUGGAUUGAUGCAGAGUUCGCUGGAGGUUUCUCGCAGGAAUAUAGGAUAUUCUGAGUUUACGGUUUAUGAGCGUAAAACCCCGUCCCUUAUGGCUUUUAUGCGUUCUCACGCGCGUCUUUGCUUUCAAUCCGAAACAAAGCUACUGGAAGUCUUGUGACGGCAAACAGUGGAUACUUGUCUGGAGCAGUUCUGCUGGAUCUAUUGAAUUAACCUCGGAAUUUCUCUGCCCAAUGACAUUUCCAAAGUUGUUAGUUUGGUUCCUUUUUGCAGCGUCUCCUCGUUUUAAUAGUUUCAUUCGCCGAGCCGUUAACGUAACAGGUCCAGACCAGAUCCUGAGGCGUUUAGGGCGCGCGGGUUUGUGACAGGAUGCGGGGAUGCACGGGGUUCCCGAUAGCCGUCUCGGUGGUCCUGACGCUUCUGACCAUCAUUAACGUGAAGGCGAGCGGGGAGUAUUGUCACGGGUUUCACGACGCCCAGGGCGCGUGGAGAGACGGCUUUCAGUGCCCGGAGCGCUUCGACGGCGCCGAGGCCAUCAUCUGCUGCGGGAAGUGCGAGCUCAGAUACUGCUGCUCCAGCUCAGAAGCCCGCCUGGACCAGGGCACGUGUGAUAACGAUAAGCAGACGCAGGACACAAACACUGGGAACAAGGACGACAAAACUUCUGGGGCAGUACCCAUCUACGUGCCCUUCCUGAUCGUCGGCUCGGUCUUCGUUGCCUUCGUGCUGGUGGGCUCCGUUGUUGCCGUGUGCUGUUGCCGCUGUCUCCGUCCCAAACAGGAGCCUUCAUCAGGAGGCGGCUCAGGAGGAGGGUCCAGCAGCGCCCGCGUCCUCGAGACCAUUCCCAUGAUGGCCAGCACAGGUACGUCCCGAGGCUCGUCCUCCCGCCAGUCGAGCACGGCCACCUCCUCCAGCUCUUCAGCUCCCCCGGCCGCCCCCCGGCCCAUACCUGCCCCUCUGCUCCGCGCCCAGGCCUCGUGCUGCCUCCCGCCGGACGCCAGCGUCUAUGUGAACAUGCCUACCAACUUCUCAGUGCUAAACUGCCAGCAAGCCACUCAAAUCCUUCCUCACCAAGGCCAGUUUCUACAUCCUCAGUACAUAGGAUUCGCCCACCCCGUUUCUCCGGCUCCCGCCUUCCUAGAUCCCACUCAAGCGGGCUACCGCCCAUUGCAGUCUCCUUACCCUCCGCCGACCAGCAUUGCUAGUGUGCCUAGUGUGACCGGGGAUCAGAAAUACCCUCCGGUCACCAUGUGAAGCCCAAUGGGACCAUCAUAGGAAAUCGCACAAAAAUCCGUUCAGGGCACAAAAGUGAGAGUCAUGGCUUGCAACCUCACAAAUGAGACUCUCAAACCGGUGCUCUAUCAAACACAACAUUGUUUUCUGUGAUAUAAAGGACACAGUGAUUAAAAAAAAUGACUGGAUGAGUGUGUAACGUGCCUUGAAAUGUGCUGUUGUAAAUGAAGCGCGUGUGUAUAUAUGCAAUGUAUAUUUGUGUUGUAUAACCGUGCAUGUGCGUACUGUGCGUGACUGAAUAGGCGUGUUGGUUUAUGAGAUGCAAUGUGUGUGUGUGUGUGUGUAGUGAGCUAUAUGUUGUGUGUAAUGGGAAUCACAGGUGCUGUAAUGUGAAAAACAGUCCUGGCUCCCUGUUGGAUGCUUAAAAUCUAAUGAAGUGAACACAGGACACAGACUGUGACGCUCCACCCUCUUGCCCACUGCAACACACGCACAUACAGUAGACACACACACUUACAUUUCGCAUACACACACACUCACAAGUCAUUUUCGCAUUGCCAAGGAAGUGUAUAGAAAAUAUACAAAAAUAUAGGCCUGUGUUUGGGAAAGCGAUGUGCGAAGGUGUGUGUAGCUGAGAUCAGCGGUCUUCUGAAAGCACCAGAGUCAAUUACGCAGUAAAAACUGUCUGCCAACUGUUCCCCUUCACUAAGUCUCUGCCUUGUGAAAGGACCGUGUAUGUGUGCCACUUUUCUUCCCCACUGUUAGCAUAAGGUACACUCGAGGAGUUCCAGGGCAUUUCAUUUGGAGUGGGUUUCUUUCAGCGCACUCAAAGGCGGCAGUUUAGCGAGGAAAGAAAAGUCCCAGGCUACUCCAGAAGAAGGCCAUCACCUUUCUGAACUUUUAAAACUCCAGCAAUUAGAUCGUAAACAUCACAAUGAAAUUAAACUCUGCCAUUUUGAAAUCACCAAAAAAAAUAAAUAAAAAAUAAAAAAUC